UCUCCGCUCUCUCUCAGUGCUGGCGUGGUUUCUGCUACAUCGAGGACUACUGUCUACCUCAGCAAUGUGUGUCCUUGUGAGUCGUGGGAGCAGGUUGGAGGGUAGAGUGAAGGGUUGUCUAACACAACCACCACACCCUGGGACCUGCUUCAACCACAGAUGGAGGCCUCUGGUAUUAUAAGCUUUCAUCCUGUGUGGGCCAUACAUGCUGUUGUUGUCACUGUGCUGCAUUAGCCCCUUGGGAUCUAUGUUUCCACUUCUCCUUGUAUACCACAUACAUCUAGACACUGCUCUAUUCUUGUUUUUGUGAAAUUUCUUCCCCUGUGUGUUUGUGUGCAUGCAGGCGUGUGUUUCGAUUUGGAGUUCUUCGCUAUCCUCUUUAAUUCCCCUUCUAAAACCUCAACCUUCCUGAGUACUACCAUCGUUACACUAUUAUACUACUGUCAGCAUGUUGUGUUCGUCGACCCGUCCCUCUUUCCUCUGUUUGACCUCCACCACCUUCUGCCUCAUAUUGUCACUCACCUCCUUCACCUUUAUCUCUCUCUCUAUCCCCCUUCCCCCUUCUCCCUCUCUUUCUCACCCUUUUCUCUCUACAAGUCUCCCCCUUUCUCUUUCUUUACGUCUCCCCCUCUCUCUGUCUGUCUCUCUGUCUCUGUGGGGUUUGGUGGCGAUCCCAGAAUGCCUUGCUCCAUGCCAUCCCGCUAGGCGUGAGCAGCAUGGGUGGAGGCUGGGUGGGCAGAGAGAGCAGGGACAGGACGGAGGUGCUGACGGGUGGCGCUCCCUCUGCUUCAGAUGGCCGAAGACACUGAGAGCCCUAAGAUCAACCACAGCUUCCUGCGAGACUAUGUCACCGAAGCUGAUGUCAUCUCCACAGUGGAAUUCAACCAGACAGGAGAGCUGCUGGCUACAGGAGACAAGGGGGGGCGUGUGGUCAUCUUUCAAAGAGAGAGCGAGUCUAAAGGAGAGCUGGAGGAUUUGGGCGACAUUGGGGACUCCGGAGAGUACAACGUGUACAGCACCUUCCAGAGUCACGAGCCUGACUUUGACUACCUGAAGAGCCUGGAGAUCGAGGAGAAGAUCAACAAGAUCAGAUGGUUACCUCAGCAGAAUGCUGCCCACUUCCUCCUGUCCACCAAUGAUAAGACCAUUAAACUGUGGAAGGUCAGCGAGAGAGACAAGAGGCCUGAAGGAUACAAUCUGAAAGAUGAGGAGGGGAGACUCAAGGACAUCUCUACUGUUACCUCCUUACAGGUUCCCGUGCUCAAACCCACAGACCUGAUGGUGGAGGUGCGCCCCAGGCGGGUGUUCUCAAACGGACACACCUACCAUGUCAACUCUAUCUCCGUCAACAGCGACGGCGAGACAUACCUCUCGGCCGACGACCUCCGCAUCAAUCUGUGGCACCUUGGCAUCACCGACCGCAGCUUCAACAUCGUGGACAUUAAGCCGGCCAACAUGGAGGAGCUGACGGAGGUGAUCACGUCAGCAGAGUUCCACCCGCACCACUGCCACAUGCUGGUGUACAGCAGCAGUAAGGGCACCCUGCGGCUGUGUGACAUGAGGGCCUCGGCCCUCUGCGACCAGCACUCCAAACUGUUUGAGGAGCCGGAGGAUCCAGGAAGCAGGAGCUUCUUCUCUGAGAUCAUCUCCUCGGUGUCGGACGUCAAGUUCAGCCACAACGGGCGCUACCUGCUGACCAGAGACUACCUGACCGCCAAGGUGUGGGACCUGAACAUGGACAAGGGCCCCGUGGAGACCUACCAGGUCCAUGAGUACCUGAGGAGUAAGCUGUGUUCCCUCUAUGAGAAUGACUGCAUCUUCGACAAGUUUGAGUGUGUGUGGAACAGUUCAGAUAGUGUGAUCAUGACCGGGGCGUACAACAGCUUCUUCCGAAUGCUGGACCGUGAGACGGGCCGGGGCGUGACCCUGGAGGCGUGGCGGGAGAGCAGUAAGCCGCGUGCCGUGCUGCGCACGCGGCGCGUCUACACGGGCGGAAAGCGGCGCCGCGGGGACGUCGGCGUGGACAGCCUGGACUUCACCAAGAAGAUCCUCCACAUGGCGUGGCACCCGUCUGAGAACAUCAUCGCCAUCGCCGCCACCAACAACCUGUACAUCUUUCAGGACCGCGUCAGCCCCGACGCACACACACAGUGACGCAAAAGACCGACCAAUGGACAGGGGCUGGGGGGAGGGGAGGAGAGUUUUAUGUAACAAAGACAAGGAACUUUGAGAUCUGGACCUACUGCUCUGGCUCAAAGGGAAGCCCUCAGUCUAGAAGAGGAUGAGGGAGGAAGGCUGUGGAGCAGUGACACACACACACACACACACACACACACACACACACACACAC